UGGAGGGUUUGCAUCGCGAACAUGAUAGAAACAGAGAAGAUAAGGAGACAAGAGGCGAGGGCGGCGGAGGCGAAGAAAGGACCGAGCAGGGCAGUCGAACAAGCAAGUCAGAAGAAGUCCGAGAAGAAGCGGAAGGCGAACGAUGGUGUGCGCAAAAUCUCCAAUAGGGAAAAGCGCAAGCUGAGAGUCGGGUCGUGGAACGUGUGCGGGUUCGCAAGGAGUGAGCGCAAGCGGUUGGAAAUAGUGGACCAAGUAGAACAAAGCGAUCUAGAUGUAGUGGGGAUCCAAGAGACGUGGGAAUUGAAGGAUGGGGACGUGGUAAGCAAACUAGGGAAAUACCGGUGGGUAGGGAAGGCAAGAAAGGGCUUAGACCCGAAGAAAAGGGGGGAGGGGGGAGUCGGAUUCCUGGUCAAGGAACACUUGUUUGACGUGGUGGAAGUAGUGGUGAAAACGGAGUUCGAGGAAACCCUAUGGCUUAAGAUACCUGGGGAGCGGAGUGAGAAAGGUUCGACCGACCACUUCCUCAUAUGGGCAAACAUCGACCGAUCUAGAAAGAUCAAGAGUAAGAAACAGAGGAAAGUGUUCCGGUGGAAGGUAGAGCGUUUGGGAGACGAUGGGACACGGGAUGAAUUCCAGAAGGGGCUGGCUGGUAGUGUAGAAUCCUUCAGGAAACUGCUGAGAAGCGUCGAAGACGGACAGGUAGACGUACAAGCAGCAGGGGACAGAGUGAUUGAAGGGUGGGAGUCCAUCGUGAACGCAACGGCAGAGAGAGUAGUGGGAACGAAGGUGGUACGAUGUGGGGUAUCGGUUAAGUGGUGGGAUGACGAGCUGAAAGAAGAAAUUGGGGAACGCAGAGAAGUCUUCAACAAGUACCUGAGUGAGGCGUCUGAGGAGAGUUGGGAAAAGUACAGGGCCAAGAGAAAACAGGUGAAGGGACUAGUGAGAAAGAAGAAAAAGUGUAUUUGGGACGAAGUAGUGCAGAAGGCCAACGGAGGCCUGGAGGGAAACGUCAAGCAGAUGUGGGAAGGGAUUAGUGGAAUGACCGUAGAACUAGAAAAGGAGUUCACUGAGGACGAGGUUGAGGCGUGUGUGAACAAGCUGAAGUGCCACAAAGCAGCAGGAGCGGAUGGGAUAGUCAACGAGUUCAUGAAGUUUGGGGGGAAGGGGAUGAUCCAGCUGAUGGUACUGCUAUACAAUUGGGUGUGGAAAAACGAGUAUACGCCAAGUAGAUGGCGGGAAGGAGUGGUUGUGAACUUGUUUAAGAAAGGAGACAAGACUGACCCAGGAAACUACAGGGGGAUCACACUGUUGAACACAGUAGGAAAAUGUUCUGCGGAAACCCUGUUUAGGAUAGUGGGAAUAUCGGAGAAGGAACAUAGCAUUAGUGAGGGCCAGGCAGGUUUCCGAAGGAAAAGGGGGUGCGUAGACCACGUUUUCACGGUAGGGAGAAUCAUCCAAGGUAGAAAGAGGGCGGGAAAGCCGACGUACUGCUUCUUCCUGGACGUGAAAAAGGCAUACGACACGGUAUGGAGAAAUGGGCUGUGGAAACAGUUGUCCAAAUACGGGAUCAAGGGGAAAAUGUGGAGAGUGCUGAAGAAGAUGACAGAGUGCACGAAAAGCGCGGUCAUGCUAGACGGAGAACUGUCAAAAUUCUUCGACAUUGAGCAGGGGGUCCCACAAGGUUGCACGCUGUCCCCAACAUUGUUCCAGGUGUUCAUCAACGAUCUGUUGGAAGUCGUAGAGGCAGUCCGGAAGGGAGUAAAAGUAGGGGACACGGAAACGUCGGUUACAGGAAUGCUGUUUGCGGAUGAUUUUGUCGGUAUGUCGGACACUCCUGAGGGACUGCAACUGCAAAUUGACGCAGCGAAGAAGUUUACGGAUAAGUGGAGAUUGUCUGCCCAUGUACAUGCCGCCGACGUGCAGUUUCUUCGUUCCCAGAGCUCCUCCUACCCCCACCAUUUUUUUGGCCAGAUCGGCGUCGACGUCCUUGUGAUCGACCCCGUGUUCGCCUUCAUGUUCAUAUGGUACACCGGGCUCAUCGAAGGCCGGUCCGUGCAAGGCGAGAUACUCCCCACCAUUGUGCAUCACUACCCGACCCUGGUGCUGUGGCUGGUCGUCAUAGGCGUGGGCUGGGCUCCGGUCCAGAUCUACCUCUUCAAUCGCUACCCGGUCCAGUAA